CUUUGUCCUAACCUCUAGCGGGGUCGGAGUCGAGACGCGGCCUGGCGGAGAGCAAGAGUCUUUUCCUAAAGACCCACUGACUGGCUUCUCGAUCCUGAGAACUCCGUUCCCGCUGCGGAAUCGAGUGGUGGAAGUGGAGGGACAGCUUGUUUCGAACAUUCUGUGGGGCACACCCGGAAGUGGCGCCCUAAGGGAGCUGCGCCGCCGCUGGAGGCGGGUGCCAGGUACCGGGAGGUGGAGGAGACGCGACGGUAAUUGUUGGCGAGAGUGUCAGGGGUGUAAUACGACGGGAGGCCAAAGCCGGCCAGCUUCUGGCUCUGGUUUCAUGGUGCUUCUGACUUUGACGACUCUGUACCUUAAAGGAUGUUAGAGUCAUAUGUGACUCCAAUUUUAAUGAGCUAUGUGAAUCGCUACAUCAAGAACUUAAAGCCGUCAGAUCUACAGCUUUCACUAUGGGGUGGAGACGUGGUUCUCAGCAAGCUCGAGUUAAAAUUGGAUGUGCUGGAGCAGGAGUUGAAAUUACCAUUCACGUUUUUAAGUGGACAUAUUCAUGAACUGAGGAUCCAUGUACCAUGGACAAAACUGGGUUCAGAACCAGUGGUAAUUACCAUCAAUACAAUGGAAUGCAUUUUGAAACUUAAAGAUGGAAUACAGGAUGACCAUGAAAGUUGUGGUUCUAAUUCUACCAACCGUAGUACUACUGAGAACACAAAAUCAUCAGUAAGACCCAGAAGAAUUCAACAGGCUGCUCCCGCAGAUCCUGAUUUGCCACCAGGUUAUGUGCAGAGUCUGAUUAGACGAGUUGUAAAUAAUGUAAAUAUUGUUAUAAAUAACCUUAUCCUAAAGUAUGUUGAAGAUGAUAUUGUCCUUUCAGUCAACAUCACUUCUGCAGAAUGCUAUACAGUAGGUGAAUUAUGGGAUCGUGCAUUCAUGGAUAUCUCUGCAACUGACCUGGUGCUGAGAAAAGUUAUCAAUUUUUCUGACUGUACAGUUUGUCUUGAUAAACGAAAUGCUAGUGGUAAAAUAGAAUUUUACCAGGACCCUUUAUUGUACAAAUGUUCCUUCAGAACUCGUCUGCAUUUUACAUAUGAUAACCUCAAUUCCAAGAUGCCUUCUGUAAUUAAAAUUCACACCUUAGUAGAGAGUUUGAAACUUUCUAUUACUGAUCAGCAGUUGCCUAUGUUUAUCCGUAUAAUGCAACUUGGGAUUGCUCUUUACUAUGGAGAAAUAGGAAAUUUUAAAGAUGGAGAAACAGAAGAGUUGGCCUGUCAUAAUAAAGAUGUGUUAGGAAAUGUUACAGGUGCUGAAGAUGAAAUAAGAUUAGAUAUGCAGUAUCCUUCUCAGUACAAAGGCCAAGAGUUAUAUUCACAGCAAGAGGAUGAACAGCCACAGGGUUGGGUGUCAUGGGCCUGGUCAUUUGUGCCUGCAAUUGUGAGUUAUGAUGAUGGAGAGGAAGACUACCUUGGGAAUGAUCCUACAUCAACCACACAUCAACAGAAAGCACAGACUUUGAAGGAUCCUAUUGUUUCUAUAGGAUUUUAUUGUACAAAGGCAACUGUGACUUUUAAACUCACUGAAAUGCAAGCUGAGAGUAGUUAUUACAGCCCUCAAAAAGUAAAAUCUAAAGAAGUUUUGUGUUGGGAACAAGAAGGAACUACAGUUGAGGCCCUUAUGAUGGGAGAGCCUUUCUUUGAUUGCCAGAUUGGUUUUGUAGGUUGCAGAGCCAUGUGCCUUAAAGGAAUUAUGGGUGUUAAAGAUUUUGAAGAGAAUAUGAAUAGAAGUGAAACUGAAGCCUGUUUCUUCAUUUGCGGUGAAAAUUUGAGUAUAAAAGGUUUGACAUACCUCACAAAUUCAUUGUUUGAUUACCGAAGCCCAGAAAAUAAUGGUACUCGUGCAGAAUUUAUCCUGGACGCAGCUAGUCAUAAGGAGACAUACACUGAGAUAGCUGGAAUGCAAAGGUUUGGGGCUUUUUACAUGGAUUACCUAUAUACAAUGGAGAAUACCAAUGGCAAAGGUUCUGCCAAUCAACAAGACUUUUCUUCAGGGAGAAGUGAAGAUUUGGGAACUGUUCAGGAAAAGUCUACCAAAAGCCUUGUUAUAGGACCUCUUGAUUUUCGCUUGGAUAGCAGUGCAGUACAUAGAAUUUUAAAAAUGAUUGUUUGUUCCUUGGAACAUGAAUAUGAACCAUAUAGUAGACUAAAACCAGAUAUUAAGGAUGAAAGUGAAACAGUGCUAAAUCCUGAAGAAGUGGCAUCUUUGGAGGAAUAUAUUCCUACUCGACAUACAAGUGUUACUCUCCUCAAAUGUACCUUCACAAUUUUCAUGGCUGAAUUCAACUUGCUGGAUCAUUUGCUACCUGUCAUUAUGGGAGAAAAGAACUCAAGUAACUUCAUGAAUACUACAAACUUCCAGUCUCUUCGUCCUUUGCCAUCCAUUCAGAUACUAGUGGAUAAAAUUAAUCUGGAACACUCUGUGCCAAUGUAUGCUGAACAGUUGGUGCAUGUGGUCAGCGGCCUUACUCAGCCUUCUGAUAAUCUGCUUCAUUAUUGUUAUGCACAUUGCUACCUUAAGAUAUUUGGUUUCCAGGCAGGACUGACUUUUUUGGAUUGUAAGGGAUCUUACUGCUUACCUGUACCGAUUAUUCCCUCUUUCAGCACUGCUCUUUAUGGUAAACUUCUGAAACUACCCACAUGCUGGGCUAAAAGAUCUCAGAUUGCCAUAACUGAAGGUAUUUUUGAACUUCCAAAUCUCACAAUUCAAGCUACAAGAGCACAGACACUUUUGCUUCAAGCAAUAUAUCAAAGUUGGUCUCAUAUUGGAAAUGUCAGCUCUUUAGCAGUGAAUGAAGCUUUGAUGAAUGAAGUUUUCCAAAGUAUAGGUGUGAAAUCUAAGAAUCCCUUGCCAACUCUUGAGGGCUCAAUCCAGAAUGUUGAAUUGAAGUACUGCAGCACAUCAUUGGUCAAAUGCGCCUCUGGGACCAUGGGAUCAAUAAAAAUUUGUGCCAAAGCCCCAGGUGACAAUGGAAAAGAGAAGUUGAUUCCAUUGCUUCAGGGUCCUUCUGACACUAAAGACCUUCAUAGCAGUAAGUGGCUCAAUGAGAGUAGAAAGCCAGAAUCUCUCUUAGCUCCAGAUUUGAUAGCCUUCACAGUCCAAGUUCCACAAUAUAUGGACUACUGCCAUAGUUCCGGUGCUGUGCUUCUUUGUAGUAUACAAGGACUAGCAGUAAAUAUUGACCCUAUUUUAUACACAUGGCUCAUUUAUCAACCUCAGAGACGAACCAGUAAACAUAUGCAGCAGCAGCCUGUGAUAGCUGUUCCUCUUGUUGUGCCAAUUAUCAGAAGGAAGGAGGAUGAGGUGUCUGUUGGAAGUGCGCCCUUGGCAAAGCAACAAUCAUAUCAGGCCUCUGAAUAUGCCAGCAGUCCUAUAAAAACAAAAACAGUAACAGAAUCCAGACCAUUGUCAGUUCCUAUGAAAGCCAUGCUGAAUAUAUCUGAAGGCUGUAGAAGCCCUGAAGAAAGAAUGAAAGAAUUUAUUGGAGUAGUAUGGAAUGCAGUAAAGAGUCUCACACUACAGCUUGAAGUACAAUCUUGCUGUGUGUUCAUCCCAAAUGAUAGCUUGCCUUCCCCGAGUACAAUUGUAUCUGGUGACAUUCCUGGAACAGUGAGAAGUUGGUAUCAUGGACAAACCAGCAUGCCUGGGAUGCUUGUCCUCUGUUUGCCUCAAAUCAAGAUUGUUAGUGCUGGCCACAAGUACAUGGAACCUCUGCAGGAGAUUCCAUUUGUCAUCCCACGACCCAUCCUUGAAGAAGGUGAUGCUUUUCCUUGGACCAUCAGCUUGCAUCAUUUCAGCAUAUAUACCCUUUUUGGAAAACAAGUAACACUUUGCCUAGUGGAACCUAUGGGUUGUACCUCUACUCUAGCUGUUACAUCGCAAAAACUGCUCACUGCAGGACCUGAUACGAGGCAUUCAUUUGUUGUCUGUCUGCACGUUGACCUAGAGUCACUUGAAAUAAAAUGCUCGAACCCCCAGGUGCAGCUCUUAUAUGAGCUAACUGAUAUCAUGAAUAAAGUCUGGUGUAAGAUUCAGAGGAGAGGCAAUCUCAGUCCUUCUUCCGCUCAUCCAGAGAGCUUGGCAGGGCCUGUUCCUAGUUCUCCGGUUAGAAGCAGUAUAGGCACAGCUCCUCCGGAUACCAGCACAUGUAGCCCAUCUGCUGAUAUUGGAACUACCACUGAGGGAGAUUCUGUACAAGCACUUGAUGAUUCACCAUUCUCAGAUUCUGUUACCUUGGAACAAACUACAAGUAACAUUGGUGGAUCCAGUGGUCGUAUUAGUUUGUGGAUGCAGUGGGUGCUCCCCAAAAUUACUAUAAAGCUCUUUGCUCCAGAUCCAGAAAACAAAGGCACAGAACUCUGUAUGGUCAGUGAACUAGAAGAUCUCAGUGCUUCCAUAGAUGUCCAGGAUGUGUACACCAAAGUGAAAUGUAAAAUAGAAAGUUUCAAUAUUGACCACUACAGAAGCAGCCUUGGGGAAGAGUGUUGGUCUCUGGGGCAAUGUGGAGGUGUCUUCCUUUCCUGUACUGACAAGCUGAACAGACGCACCUUGUUGGUUCGACCCAUCAGCAAGCAGGACCCUUUCAGUAAUUGCUCUGGCUUCUUUCCUUCUACAACUGCAAAACUUCUAGAUGGCUCUCAUCAGCAACAUGGAUUUCUCUCUUUGACAUAUACAAAAGCUGUAACAAAAAAUGUUCGCCACAAGUUAACAUCAAGAAAUGAGCGAAGAAGUUUUCAUAAGUUAUCUGAAGGUUUAACAGAUGGUUCCCCUCAUUUUCUUCAUGAAAUUCUUCUUUCAGCACAAGCUUUUGAUAUUGUCCUUUGUUUUCCUUUACUUAAUGCCAUUGCAAGUAUAUUUCAAGCAAAACUACCAAAGACCCAGAAAGAGAAAAGAAAAUCUCCUGGUCAGCCCAUGAGGACGCAUACACUGACUUCACGCAAUUUACCUUUGAUUUAUAUCAACACAAGCGUAAUCAGAAUUUUUGUUCCAAAAACAGAAGAAGUGCAGCCAAGUAUUGAAGUUAAUCAGGCAGCAAAGGAAGACACCAUGGUUCUGAAGAUUGGCUCUGUUGCUAUGGCUCCCCAGGCUGACAAUCCCCUUGGCAGAUCGGUCCUCAGGAAAGAUAUUUACCAGAGAGCCUUGAAUUUAGGAAUUCUUCGAGACCCUGGAUCAGAAAUUGAAGAUAGACAAUACCAAAUAGAUCUGCAGUCCAUCAAUAUUGGUACUGCACAGUGGGAUCAACUAAAACCAGAGAAGGAAAGUGGAACAGGAGGGGUGCUAACAGAGAAUGAAAGAAAUUCUCAGAAUCCAGCCCUUGAGUGGAAUAUGGCCAGCAGUAUACGACGGCAUCAAGAAAGAAGAGCAAUUUUGACUCCCAUUUUAACAGAUUUUUCUGUCCGAAUAACUGGAGCACCUGCCAUCAUUUUCACCAAAAUAAUUUCUCCAGAAAAUAUGCACACUGAGGAGAUUUUAGUGUGUGGCCAUUCCUUGGAAGUGAAUAUAACCACAAACCUGGACUUCUUCCUAAGUGUGGCUCAAGUUCAACUCUUACAUCAGUUAAUAGUAGCAAAUAUGACUGGACUGGCACCAUCAAGCAAAGCCACAGAGAUCUCGAAACAAGAACAGAAAAAAAUGGAUGCAUAUGAUGGAAGCAUGGCUGAGACCUCAUCUCGUUACAGUGGUGCUCAGGAUAGUGGAAUCGGCAGCGACAGUGUUAAAAUCAGAAUAGUGCAAAUAGAGCAGCACAGUGGUACCAGUCAGCAUCGCAUUGCGCGUCCCUCCCGCCAGUCAUCGAUUGUAAAAAAUCUAAAUUUUAUUCCUUUUGACAUAUUUAUCACUGCAAGUAGAAUCUCACUAAUGACCUAUUCCUGUACGGCCUUACCCAAAUCAAAAUCACAAGAACAAAAGGAUAAUGAAAAAACAGGCAAGAGUUCAUUAAAUCUCCCAGAAGUUGAUUCAGAUGUCACAAAGCCGAGCCAGGCGUGUAUUUCCAUGGUCACAGCAGAUGAUCUCUUAAGCAGCAACGUAUCUUUUCCUUCAGGGAAAAAAAUAGGGGUCAUCUCUCUUGAAAGUCUUCAUGCAUCCACAAGAUCAUCUGCUAGACAAGCACUUGGCGUCACUAUUGUUCGGCAGCCUGGACGGAGAGGAACCGGUGACUUGCAGCUAGAACCCUUUUUGUACUUUAUUGUAUCCCAGCCUUCUUUGCUUCUGAGUUGCCACCACAGAAAGCAGCGAGUGGAAGUAUCCAUUUUUGAUGCUGUGCUUAAAGGAGUAGCCUCUGAUUACAAAUGUACAGAUCCUGGGAAGACUCUGCCUGAAGCCCUUGAUUACUGCAUAGUUUGGCUGCAGACAGUGCCUGGAGAAAUAGACAGCAAAAGUGGUAUUCCACCUUCCCUUGUGACCCUGCAAAUUAAAGACUUCCUUAAUGGACCAGCAGACAUCCACUUGGAUAUAUCAAAGCCUUUGAAAGCAAACGUGAGUUUUACCAAGCUGGAUCAGAUAAACCACUUUUUAAAGAAGAUACAAAGUACACACUGCAAAGAAACUUCAGUCCUGUCCGACACCAUGCCGAAUAAGGAUGAGCUUCCAGCCUCCAGGUGUUACCGUGGAAAGUUGUCUAAACUUAAAGUUCAUGGUGAUGGAACACAGAAGAUUCCAUUUACAGAAAACGUGUGGAAAACUGUUUCCUGCUUUCAAAAAAUUUCUGUUCAUACAACUCAGCUUGUGGUCUCCAUGGAAACUGUCCCCCAUCCUAAUAAACCAUGCCUCUUAGCAUCUUUAUCAACCUUCAAUGGAAGCCUUAAUGUCAAAGCAACACAAAAAGUACCUGGUGUCAUUCUUGGGUCAUCGUUUGUACUCAGCGUAAAUGAUUUUCUCCUUAAAACAAGUCUCAAAGAAAGAAGUCGGGUUCUGAUAGGACCAUGCUGUGCUACUGCCAACCUGGAAGCUAAAUGGUGUAAACACAGUGGCAACCCAGGCCCAGAACAGUCCAUACCAAAAAUAUCCAUUGAUUUAAGAGGAGGCCUGCUCCAGGUUUUCUGGGGUCAAGAACAUUUGAAUUGCUUGGUUCUUCUACAUGAAUUACUCAAUGGACACCUUAAUGAGGAGAGAGCUUUUGAAGUGCAAGCUUCUGAAGCGGUACCACAAAUGCCAUCUCCUAAAGAAAAGAAUCAGAUGUUUAAAGGUGAACAAAGUUCAGAUGACCUACGGACAGGUCUAUUUCAAUAUAUACGGGAUGCUGAACCUUUGAAAAUGCCUGGUGUCUAUGAAGUCUUGUUUUACAAUGAAACCGAAGAUAGCCCAGGAAUGAUGUUGUGGAGGUACCCAGAACCGAGAGUGCUCACCCUUGUACGCAUCACUCCUGUGCCAUUCAACACCACAGAGGAUCCGGAUAUUAGCACGGCAGACCUUGGUGAUAUGCUACAGAUUCCUUGCAGUCUGGAAUACUGGGAUGAACUCCAGAAGGUUUUCAUUGCAUUUCGAGAAUUUAGUCUGUCUGAAAGCAAAGUUUGCGAACUGCAGUUGCCAGAUAUCAAUCUUGUGAAUGACCAGAAGAAACUGGUAUCCUCAGAUCUUUGGAGAAUUGUCUUGAACAGCAGCCAAAAUGGAGCUGAUGACCAGAGCUCUGCGAGUGAAUCUGGUUCCCAAAGCGCUUGUGAUCAACUUGUAACUCCAACAGCCCUGGCUGCCUGUACCAGAGUUGAUUCCUGUUUUACCCCAUGGUUUGUCCCAUCUCUUUGCAUUUCCUUCCAGUUUUCUCACCUGGAGUUCCAUCUUUGUCAUCACCUUGAUCAACUAGGCACAGCUCCACCACAAUACCUACAGCCAUUUGUUUCCGAUAAAAACGUGCCAACUGAACUAGAAUACAUGAUUAUUUCCUUCAGAGAACCACACAUAUAUCUGCGACAAUGGAACAAUAGUUCUGUCUGUCAGGAGAUCCAGUUCUCAGCUCAAGCUGACUGUAAACUUUUGGAGUGCAGAAACGUUACGAUGCAAAGCCUGGUGAAGCCCUUCAGCAUCUUUGGACAGGUUGCAGUUUCCAGCAGCGCAGCAGAAAAGCUGAUCGACUGCGCCAUUGUCAUUGACUCUGUAUUUGUAAGCUUCGGGCAACAUGUAGUUCACUCUCUAAACACUGCAGUACAAGCUUGGCAACAGAACAAAUGCCCUGAGGUAGAAGAGUUGGUCUUCAGCCAUUUUGUGAUCUGUAAUGACACACAGGAGACACUGCGGUUUGGCCAGGUGGACACUGAUGAAAAUAUUCUGCUGGCCAGUCUCCACAGUCACCAGUACAGCUGGCGCUCUCACAAAUCCCCACAGCUGUUACACAUCUGUAUUGAAGGUUGGGGCAAUUGGCGCUGGUCGGAGCCCUUCAGUGUGGACCACGCUGGGACUUUUAUUAGAACUAUUCAGUACAAGGGUCGAACUGCUUCGCUCAUCAUCAAGGUUCAGCAACUCAGCGGAGUGCAAAAACAGAUUAUCAUCUGUGGAAGACAGAUUAUCUGUAGUUACUUGUCUCAAAGUAUAGAACUAAAAGUUGUUCAGCAUUACAUUGGUCAAGACGGACAAGCUGUGGUUCGAGAACAUUUUGACUGCCUCACAGCCAAGCAGAAAUUGCCUUCAUACAUACUCGAAAACAGUGAACUGACCGAGUUGUGUGUGAGGGCCAAAGGAGAUGAAGACUGGUCGAGAGAUGUGUGCCUGGAAUCCAAGGCCCCUGAGUAUAGCGUUGUCAUUCAGGUGCCAUCUUCAAACAGUUCCAUUAUUUAUGUCUGGUGCACAGUUUUGACUUUAGAACCUAGUUCUCAAGUGCAACAGCGAAUGAUUGUGUUCAGCCCUCUUUUUAUCAUGAGGAGUCAUCUUCCAGACCCCAUUAUCAUACAUUUGGAGAAAAGGAGUCUGGGAUUGAGUGAAACACAAGUUAUUCCAGGAAAAGGACAGGAAAAACCACUGCAAAACAUAGAACCUGACCUUGUACAUCACCUAACAUUUCAAGCAAGAGAAGAAGAUGAUCCAUCACAUUGUGCCGUCCCCAUCUCAACAUCCCUCAUUAAGCAAAUAGCCACUAAGAUACACCCAGGAGGGACAGUUAAUCAGAUCCUCGACGAAUUCUAUGGGCCAGAAAAGUCCCUUCAACCCACGUGGCCCUAUAAUAAAAAGGAUUCUGACAGGAAUGAGCAGCUGAGCCAGUGGGACAGCCCGAUGCGAGUGAAGCUGUCAGCCUGGAAGCCGUAUGUGAGGACCUUGUUGAUAGAACUGCUACCCUGGGCCCUGCUUAUCAAUCAAUCCAAGUGGGACCUCUGGCUGUUUGAGGGAGAGAAGAUUAUUCUACAGGUUCCUGCUGGCAAAAUUAUUAUCCCUCCUAAUUUUCAGGAAGCUUUUCAAAUUGGAAUAUACUGGGCAAAUACAAACACUGUGCACAAGUCGGUAGCAAUUAAACUGGUCCAUAACCUGACAUCUCCAAAGUGGAAAGAUGGAGGUAAUGGUGAAGUUGUGUCAUUGGAUGAAGAAGGGUUUGUCGAUGCUGAAAUAACACUUGGCGCUUUCCCAGGGCAUCAGAAGUUAUGCCAGUUCUGCAUUUCCUCCAUGGUACGGCAAGGCAUACAAGUUAUUCAGAUUGAAGACAAGACUACAAUAAUCAAUAAUACCCCAUAUCAGAUAUUUUAUAAACCCCAGUUGUCUGUCUCCACACCCCAGUCUGGAAAGGAGUAUUUUCACAUUCCGGACGGUGCUACUUUCAGCCUUCACCCUGGUGGCGAGCAGCCUGCGGUGACGUUCAGCUCCCUUCCUUGCUGGGACUUAAGGCCUGACAUCAGUCAGUCAGCCCUGGAUGCAUCCCUGCUUCAGAAACAGAUCUUGCUGGCCUUUGCUCCUGCCGCAGCAGCCGACAGCUCCCAGUACUGGAGCCUGCCCGCCGUAGUUAGACAAGAGUUCCCCAGACAGAGUGUGGCAGUGCCCUUGGGGAGCUGUGGGGAAAAUGGAUUCUGUACCAGGGCUAUAGCACUGACCUAUCAAGAACACUUCGGAGUGACUUACUUAACCCUCUCAGAAGAUCCUAGUCCUCGAAUAAUCUUCCACAACAGAUGUCCAGUGACGAUACUUAUAAAGGAAAACAUUAAAGAUAUUCCAAAGUUUGAGGUUUAUUGCAGAAAAAUCCCUCCUGAGUGCUCAGUUCAUCAUGAGCUGUAUCAUCAGAUGUCCAGUUAUCCAGACUGCAAGACCAGAGACUUACUUCCAAGCCUCCUCUUGAGAGUAGAAUUGCUGGAGGAGAUGACCACUGAAUGGAGUGAUGCCAUCGACAUCAACAAUCAGGGAACCCAGGUUGUGUUCCUGACUGGCUUUGGCUGUGUAUACGUGGACACUGUCCAUCAGGGUGGCACCAUCUUCAUCAGUGUGGCCCCAGAAGGAAAAGCUGGACCCAUUUUAACUAACACCCGCAGAACUCCGGAGAAGAUUGUGGCCUUGCGAAUGGUCAUCACUCAGUUGAGUGUGGCCGUUUUGGAUGACCUCACCCACCACAGGGUAUCGUCCGAACUUCUGCGACUCACACUGGACAAUGUUUUUCUCCGGCUGGCCCCAGUGGCCGGUCACCUCCCUGGGGAAGAGGUGGCUGCAGCCCUGGUUCACCUUUACUGUGUGGAGGUCUGCUGCGGGGACCUGCAGCUGGACAACCAGCUGUACAACAAGUCCAAUUUCCACUUCGCCGUCUUGGUCUGCCAGGGGGAGAAAACGGAACCCAGCCCGUGUGCCAAAAUGCAGAGUCUCCUUGUGUCCAGCCACGAUUUGGAAGAAUACAGGAAGAAGUGUUUUAUCAAAUUCUGCGUCACCUUAGCAGAGGGCAAGAGCUGCUCCUUUGAUAUUAACGAGUUCAGUUUUGAAUUGAAACCUGCCCGGUUGUAUGUGGAAGAUACAUUUGUCUAUUACAUCAAAACCCUGUUUGAGACCUACCUUCCGAGCGGCGGCCCGGCCGCUCACGCCCUGCUCCUGGCGGGGGGCACACAGGGGUUGCCCCUGCAAGUCCGGCAGCACGCCAGGGCCCUGGUGCAUCCUGUGAGGUUACGGAAGCUGGUGAUACAGCCCGUGAACCUCCUCGUCAGCAUCCAUGCCUCCCUCAAGCUGUACAUCGCCUCGGACCACACUCCGCUCUCCUUCUCCGUGUUCGAAAGAGGCCCCAUCUUCACCACGGCCAGACAGCUGGUCCACGCUCUGGCCAUGCACUACGCCGCGGGAGCUCUCUUCAGGGCAGGCUGGGUGGUUGGAUCCCUGGAAAUCCUCGGCAGCCCGGCCAGCUUGGUGCGAAGCAUUGGGAAUGGCAUCGCCGACUUCUUCAGGCUUCCUUACGAGGGGCUGACCCGAGGUCCCGGAGCCUUUGUGAGCGGGGUUUCCAGAGGGACAACGUCAUUUGUGAAGCACAUUUCCAAAGGUACCCUCACCUCCAUCACCAACCUGGCCACGAGUCUGGCCCGCAACAUGGACCGGCUCUCGCUGGACGAGGAGCACUACAACCGGCAGGAGGAGUGGCGGCGGCAGCUCCCGGAGAGCCUGGGCGAGGGGCUGCGGCAGGGCCUGUCCCGGCUGGGCAUCAGCCUGCUCGGGGCAAUUGCUGGUAUAGUUGAUCAGCCAAUGCAGAACUUCCAGAAAACAUCUGAGGCUCAUGCUUCGGCAGGACACAAGGCCAAGGGUGUCAUCUCAGGUGUGGGGAAAGGAAUCAUGGGCGUAUUCACAAAGCCCAUCGGAGGGGCUGCUGAGCUCGUGUCACAGACUGGCUACGGUAUUUUACACGGAGCUGGGCUUUCUCAGCUUCCCAAACAGCGCUAUCAGCCAGGUGAUCUGCACGCUGACCAGGCUCCAAACAGCCACGCCAAAUAUGUCUGGAAAAUGCUUCAGUCUCUGGGCAGACCGGAAGUUCACAUGACCCUGGAUGUAGUUCUGGUGAGGGGCUCGGGCCAGGAGCACGAAGGGUGCUUGCUGCUGACAUCAGAAGUGCUCUUUGUGGUGAGUGUCAGCGAGGACACCCAGCAGCAGGCCUUCCCCGUCACAGAGAUCGACUGUGCACAGGACAGCAAGCAAAGCAACCUGCUCAUCGUGCAGCUCAAGCAGCCAAGAGUGGCCUGUGAUGUGGAGGUGGAUGGUACUCGAGAGAGACUGUCAGAGCAGCAGUAUAACAGACUUGUGGACUACAUCACAAAGACCUCUUGUCACCUGGCCCCCAGCUGUUCUUUUGUGCAGACACCAUGCCCCGUGGUGGCUGUGGAACCUCUACCCUCCACUGUGAAAACCUACCACUAUAUGGUCGACCCACCUUUUGCCCAAGUCUUCAUUAGUAAAUUCACCAUGGUGAAAAAUAAAGCCCUGAGGAAAGGGUUCCCUUGAGCCACCUCUGAGGCACUGAUUCCUGCUUGUGCAGUUUUUGAAAAAGCAAUCUAAUGAGCUCUAACAUCUAAUAUGGACGCAAAACCAACACUGUGCUAGAAUUAAUUUUCUAACACCUUCUAAAACUAAUUCAGAUUAUUCCUUUUCCCUAGAACUAAUAUACUUUAAAAUGCAGUGAUACAAAAAAGCCCUUUCUCCUAUUUGGGGACAACGAACAGAAUCCUAUUAUUAUGUCUUUAUAAUAGGAAAAGGAAUGCAUUAUCUACGUAUUUGUUACAUAUGUGUUAAAAAUUUGACUAUAAUUACGAUCUGGAAACCUCUAACAAAACGUGGUAAGGCCUUGGAAUGGAGACAGACUAAAACUUUAUCCCAGUUGCAUCCGUUUUUAGGCCGAGGUGUCUUUUGCCUAACACCCUUAUCUGCAAACGCUGCAAUUCUUGAAAUGAAAUCAAACGCUUAGGAUAUUAUUACUUUGUUAAAUGUGUUCCUUAAAUGUGAUGUUGUUUCUUUCAGUGAAAGCCCCCAUUUGUAUCCUUUCUUUAAACAGUACAUUUUAUCAAAGUUUACAAAACAUUCUCAUGACUGUCCAGGUACCUUUUGGAAAAAGUUUGUUUUACUAGGCAAGCUUAGAGAAUCUAUGUCUACAGAUAAAAAACAGACCCAAAGUGCUCAGGUGAGUUUCUUUAGUUCCAUAAGCAAAAUACUACUGGGGAACUCCCUCUGAUACUCUCUUGUGGCAGGACUCUUUGGCCCUGAUGUACUGCUAGAACCAAGAACCCCAACAUUAACCUUGACAAUGAACCUGUCCAAGUAAGUUUCUUUUGUUGACUUGACUUGAUCAAGCAUAAAGAUAUUCCCAGUAUUUGAUAUUCUUUUAUAUUUAAAGAUGGAGUUGGCUGGGUGACAGGUACCACCUUCAAAAAUUCAGUAAAUAUCUCAUACUCCAGAUUAAAACACAUUUUCACUCAUUACAUCCAAACUUGGGCCUACAACCUGAUACCUACAAUUGUGAGAGGUUAAGAAAAUUCAAAUGCCUUCUUUAACUUAAGCCUCACAUGUUAUUGGUCAUAAGAAGUCCCUGCAUAGUUGGACAAUUCCGGCUGAAUAUGAAAAAAAAUGGUUUCACCAUUACUUCGUUGUAUCAUAAUCAUUCAGGAAAGUGACAGUUUGGUCAAACUCAAGAGUAACUAUUUUUAAGAUGUAAAUAUGUACUUAGUCUUGUAUCUUUUAUGGUAAUUUUGCAUACUACUAAGAAUUGUUAUAUAAAAUUGUUUAAAAUAAAAGCAAUCCUUGAAUUACUGAUCACAAAUAGAUGUAUAUUGUCACCAGUUCUUAAAAAUGCAGGUUCUCACUAAUACCUGGUGAAGGAGGAAGGGGAGGUUAUUGCCGUUUAUGUUAUUGGGGCCCAAAAUUUUGCAUGAUUUAAAAAGAAAUAAUUUUUGUUAACCUAAUAAAAAGAACUAGUGAUUAAUUUA